AGUUCAAUUUCACUGUCCUGGCAGAGCAGACAGUCUCAGUCUGAAGUACAAUGGCGCUCUUCGUAGGUCUUUUAUACUUAUCCGCACAAGCGCUGUAUUAUCUCGUACUGUUGUUUCUCUUGGCAUUUCUCGGUUACUGCGUGUAUAUUAAACACAUUCAUAUGAAAUAUGACCACAUACCUGGACCACCGAGGGACAAUUUUUUACUCGGACAUUCUCAGACUUUUUGGAAGGUAAUGAAAAAUGAUGGCAACCUUCACGACACAUUCCUGAAAUGGGCGGAACGCUAUGGAAGUGUUUACCGAAUAAACGUUCUGCAUAGUGUGUGUCUGUGUAUCUACAGCCCAGAGGCAACCAAGGAACUCCUGAUGUCCCCAAAGUACCUAAAAGAUAAAUUUGUUUACAAGAGACUCUUCAACCUGUUUGGUCAAAGAUUAUUGGGCAACGGCCUGAUAACAGCUCGGGACCAUGAGCAGUGGUAUAAACAGCGCCGGAUAAUGGAUCCUGCCUUCAGCAGCCUGUAUUUAAAAGGUCUUACAGGAACUUUCAAUAAGUUGGCUGAAAAACUGAUGGACAAGUUCACUGAUGCCGCUGACAACAAAACAGAAAUCACCAUGCUCAGCCUGUUCAACACUGUAACUCUUGAUGUUAUCGCUAAGGUUGCCUUUGGUGUGGAUUUGAACCUGCAGAAGAACAGAUCACCUUUCCAAAAAGCUAUUGAUUUGUGUAUGAAAGGAAUGAUCUUUUACUUACGGGAUCUUCUUUUUGAAUUUAAUCCAAAGAACAGGCCGUUUAUUAAAGAAGUGAGGAAGGCAUGCUGCCUGCUGCGUCAAACUGGUGCCCAGUGGAUCAAUGAAAGAAAGACUGCCAUGCAAAAUGGAGAAGAUGUCCCCAAAGACAUUCUAACGCAAAUCAUCAAAUCAGCCGGCGAAGAGGAGACCAUGACUGAAGAAGAUGAAGAGUUUAUGUUGGACAAUUUUGUGACUUUCUUUAUUGCAGGCCAAGAAACAACAGCAAAUCAGCUUGCUUUCUGUGUCAUGGCACUGGCAAACAACCCCGACAUACUGGAGAAAGUGAGGAAAGAGGUCGAUGAGGUCAUUGGGAUGAAACACGACAUAAGCUAUGACAACCUGGGAGAGCUGAACUACCUCACACAGGUUCUCAAAGAAACGCUGAGGUUGUAUCCAACAGCCCCGGGGACUUCUCGUGAUAUACAGGAUGACAUGGUGAUUGAUGGAAUCCACAUACCAGGGGGAGUCAGCUGCAUGCUCAGUACGUAUGUGACUGGAAGAAUGGACAAAUUCUUCAAGGACCCUUGGAAAUUUGACCCAGACAGAUUCCACCCAGAUGCUCCUAAGCCAUAUUACUGUUACUACCCCUUCGCCCUGGGUCCACGCUCAUGUCUGGGACAGAACUUUGCUCAGAUGGAGGCUAAGAUAGUGAUGGCUAAACUGAUCCAACGAUUUGAUUUCACUCUGGUCCCUGGACAAACUCUCGACAUCAUGGAUACUGGCACCCUGAGACCGAAGAGUGGAGUGGUGUGCCACAUAAGACACAGGGAUUACCAGCAGAAGUGAUGCAACUUUAAGUUUCCUUAACGUUAACUCUAACUGUUAAAAGAUACUAAAUGUAACGUUUUAAUCAUAUUGGCUUUGUUCAUACUUUGCUUCUUUCAUUGGAAAUCUCUCGUUUCAAGGUGUUGGUUGAAGCCAAUGGAAUACUCUAGAUGGCGCUGUAAACCCAGCAAACAAUUUUCGAAGCGCCUGUCAACAAUGGUGCAUGGAGAUUUAUAAAGCUAAAAAUACUUAUUGUUAAAUCAGAUUUUGCGGACUGCUGAGAAUGAGCUUGUAGUAGUUGGCUGAUUUAGAGAAAUGUUUGAAUUAUGCAUCAAGUCAACAAGGGAGACCAAUAAUUUUACUAUAAAUCAUUUUUACUUUAUUUUAGAGUAGUAUUUUUGAGACCAGAUAAGACCUCUUUUAUUGUUAUUGAUUAAGCUAAAGUUUGGCAAAACUAAAAUUAUGCUCUAAAACAUUAACCAUCAAUUAAAAAUAUAUAUUUUUAGAUAUACAUAUACAACUUUUGUAUCGAGAUGUAUCGUCUACAAUCGCGAAUGUUGUUCUUCUUUUUAAGUGUUUAAACUGCAUAAUAAUAAUAUGGUAAGAAUAAAACACGGUUCUUCUUAUUGUCA